AUGUCGUUGUGGCAAAAUUAUGGAUCAAAAGAGGCUCUUAAACUUGUUGUAAGGAUUACUGAUCUUUGGUUUGUUGGGACCCCCAACAAGUCUGAACAAGCGGAAAUGGUUAUAAUUGAUUCUCAUGGAGAUGAAAUUCAUGUUGUUUGUAAACAAGAUCAGCUAAAGUCUUGGAAGGCUAACUUGAUGAAAAAUUGUACUUAUGUCAUGCAUAAUUUUAAAGUCAUGAAGAAUGAUGGUCAAUUUAGAGUCUGUGAUCAUCAGUAUAAAUUAGCUUUUACUGGAGUUACUGUUGUAAGACAAUCUGAUUUGGAGGAUCUUCCUUUUAAAAGAUAUAAAUUUGUUGAAUUCACCAAUGUCAUUGUUGGACACUUCCAACCUAAGUUGUUGGUUGGUAAGUUCAGCUGCAAUUUGUUCAAUCGUGGCCAAAUACUGUCUUGCACUCUAUGGGAUAUUUAUUGCUUACAGUUCUUAGAGUACUUGAAUGAGGCUGAAAAUGAUGUUCCCAUCAUUAUUAUAUUGACCCAUGGCAUUAAGGUCCGGUCAGUUUUGGCACCUCGUGGCCAGGGGAGUUCACAGCUUUCAAGUUCAAGUCAAUUGUCAUCAAAGGAUGCAUUUCUUUCAAAAGUUGAGGCAAUGACCAUUUUUGAGAUUAACAACAUUUUUGAGUGCUACAAAAAAACUGAUGUUGAGACAGCGACAUUCACAUGCGCAUGUGGAAAAUAUAAUGAUCAACUUGUGCUAAGGUAUAGACUUGAGGUAGUGGUCAACUACAAGGAGGAAAGCACAAAAUUUUUGCUCUGGGACCGUGAAUGUACUGAGCUGAUUGGGCAAUCAGCUAAUGAAGUUAACAGGCUGGAAAUAGCAGAGGGUGAUGUUGAUUUAAAUGUUUCUCCUCAAGCCCUUGAUAAGUUGCUCGAUUAUGUCGUUGCAUUUAAAGUCAAAGUUCAACCAAAGUUUAACAAUGUUGUUGUUUUUAGAUACUCAAAUGACUUAGAUUUGAUCAAUGAUGUGGUGGACAUGCUGCCUGAUGUUGAGGCAUGUUCCAAGGUCCAUCUUCCUAUCCUUGACGCUGAUGAUCCUUCCCAACUUGAAUCUGCACAAAUUCGUCGUAGGGUUCAGACUCUCAAUCCCCUGAAUCAGAUGCAGAUGAUGCGUACCGCAAAAGACGUAGAGGAAGAGUUGAGAGAAGAUGAUGAUGACGCAGGCAAAUAUGGUAGCAAAAAAGGAGGGCGGGAUCGGUUGGGCCGGGUCAGCCUUUCGGAGCAGGAGCGGGUCAAACCCAAAAGAGACACAUCAUUCCAGUUGGGCCAACCCGACUCAAAAAACAGGAUCCAGUGGAUCUAA